GCCCUCUCGGGGAAGUAAACAGACGGGAAUGCAACAUUAACACUACAGAUAUUGACUUAGAGAUGAAGCAUCUCUUUGUAUAACAGCUCGUAACUGAUUGUUUUAAGCCGGAAGGUGAUGGCAGAAGAUAACGAUCUGGAAAAGCGCGCUGUAGAGGAGCUCCUCAGGGAGACUGACAGAGCCCGGCUGAGAGCAGAGACCAUGGGCCCCGCAGGAUGGUUGAAAUGCCCCCUGCAGGGCACCAACAAGCGUUUUCUCCUCAACACGCUUCGCUCCACAGACCUGCAGCGCCGCUCCGACGUGUCCAGAACUAGUCGCUCCAGCAACACGAGAGGACGCAUGAGGAGCGAGUCCCCGGACAGACGGCGUGACCGCAGCAGAUCGCCGCCCGCAGAUCACAGGAGUAACGGAGGGCGCACAGAACGCAAACGCUCUCCUUCUCCUCCUCGAAGGGACGGCCGCACAAGUCAAGAUAAGAGGCUGGACAGAGAUAAGGACCAGCAGCGCAGGCACAGAGACAAAAGGCAUGACGAUGGACGAAACAGAGACAGAAGCAGACGGAUACAGACUUCAUAAACGAACUGGCUCUGUCUGUGGGGAGGUGGCAGGUCUCCACACUCAGAACCAUCUCAGGCUUUCAGAAGUGGUGUGAUGUAGAAGGUUGUGAUUUAUCAGACAUAAUUUAGGUUUAAAAAGUAAAGUGUGUUUUACUGAUUAUUUUCUAUUCAAGAUUUUGGUGAGAUUAAUGUAAAUUUAUUGUCCUUUUUGGUUCCUGUUCACUAAAAUGUGACCUAAUAAAAGCUCAAGCUGCCGUUAUGUUGGCAUCUCCCCGGAAA